UCGUUUUAUGAAGAAACUUCAAACUAACGUUACAACACGAAGUUAAUAGCUAAUUUAGGGGACGGUUUCUGGAGCAGUCACAAAUCAGUUUCCUUUUAUUUUUCGUUUUGUUGAAGGAAGUGACGGAGCAGCAUGUCGUGGUCGUAGAUCAAUCAUGUCCGACGACGAAAGUGUGUCUUCUUUUCUUGAGGACGUCAGAGUGAAGUUUGUUGAGGAAAAAGUUUGUGGGCUACUGCACCUCCAAACAUGGGACAAGAGUGACGUCAACGAAGAGUUUCAAACACUUCUGAAAGACUUCUUUGAAAAGGAGUCUGUAAUAUUUUUCUCUUCAUCAAAAAAAGCCUGUCUGGUUGCUUCUAAGGAGGUCCCACCUGUUUCCCAAAACAAGCACAUCUAUAUUCUCAAGAAGAGAGUUGUUCCUGUCAACUCUGAAAACUACAGGGAACUUCUGCUUUUUGGCCUCCUGUCUCCGUCACCAUUACUUCAGCUGUCAAGCACAGUUGAGCAGGUAUGCGUUCCACUGCUGUCAAACGACAAAAACCAUCAGAUGUGGCCAAAUCUGAUGUCUGAAGACAUCAUUCGACAUGUUCAGAGCAUGUGCAGUAGGACAUCCGUUGUCCGUGGACAGGUUUUAGGGAAAAGUGUCCUCCCUAUCCCAACUGCGACAGAGUGGAUGGAAGAAUCAUACAGCACCUUGAAAAUGUAUAAUAACUAUGACAGGGCACUUGCCCAUGCCAUAGAGACCCAGGUCAUCAACUGGACCAAUCUGAUCCAGAAAAUCCUAAAGGAUGAUUCAUCAGAUCUACUUAUGACAGGCUGUAAUCCAGGGCCCAGUGCAGAGCUGAAAUUUUGGGCUUCCAGGAAGAGCAAUAUACAGAACAUUUAUCUUCAGCUUCAGAGUCCCAUUGUUCAGAAGAUGGCAAAGAUGUUGGAGAUGAUGGAUAGCAGCUAUCAUCCAACAAUCAAGACUCUAAUUGGAAAUGUAUUUGAUGCCCUUCAAGAAGCCCAGGACAUUGACCUCUAUUUACAGCCACUACACGCACAACUGACUCAGCUGGAAAAGGAAGGAUUUCCUCACUUGGAAACAUUCAUUCCUGCACUGUUCCACACUCUGUUCCUUAUCUGGACCAACUGCCAAUCUUAUCAAAGACCGGCACGCAUUGUGGUGUUACUGCAGGAGCUUUGCAAUCUGUUCAUUGAGCAGGCUUCCACAUACCUCUCUGUGGAUCUGCUACUCAGAGAGGAUCCAGAGGAAAGUCUACAAAUGUUAAAGAAGGUGAUAAAAGUCUUCAAAUGUUUCAGAGACAGUUACCAGACCCAGAGGGAGAGGUUGGCCAACCAUGUGAAACAUGCACCUUGGGAUUUCCCAUCUGGCAUGAUUUUUGCACGUUUCAACCAGUUUUUUAAUCGUAUGCUACAGCUGGAGGACUUGUUUGAAAUUAUGCUGGACUUUCAAAGGAUCGAAAAGCUGGAAUUUGGUGGACUUAGCGGCAAACUCUACAGUGAGCGUGCUGCUCAGAUGUACAUAGAGUUUAGUAACCUCUGCCAAUUGUUGAAGCACAGUGAAAACAGCCACCUUGACUUAAACUCUCAGGAUUUUGAAAACGAGUAUAAGGAUUUGAAAGUGAGGAUUGUGGACUUUGAAUGCCGCCUUGCCAGCCUUCUAUGCUUGGCCUUUAAGGAUUGCUCAGGACUGGAAUCAGCAUUUAAACUGCUAACUAUUGUUGAACCCUUCCUGGAGAGAAGACAAAUCAGACAGAUAUUCAGUCCCAACUUCGUUCUACUGCAGCAACAUUUUCGAGAAGAGCUGGAGAGAUGUAAAUAUCUGUUUAAAUCGCAGCACAAUCAGAUGGAGAGUGGUCUGACUAAGAACAUGGCUCACACAUCUGUAGCUUUGAAGUGGGCAAAAAUGCUCAAAGAACGCAUUCAAACACCAUGGGAAAAAAUCAAAUUACUGUUUGACAUGCCUGCGGGAGGUAUAGAGAUGGCAAAGGAGUACCAGAUGUACAUGGAGAUGUUGAGUCUCCUGGACCAAUAUGAGAAGGACAUUUACUCUGAAUGGUGUAAUGGUUUGGAACAGGCCUGCCUGAUCAACCUGAACCAACCCCUCAUCUCCAGAAAUAAAGCCUCUGACCUGAUCUCACUCAACUUCAAUCCAAAGCUGACCGAAGUCUUGAAAGAUGUGAAGAAUAUUCAGACUCUAGGUCAGUUCAAGAUCCCUGCAGCUGCAAUGGCAGUUUUUGAGAAGCGUGACAUGUUCACAAAGUAUGUGAGCAGUCUGCAGCUUUUAGUACAAUGGUACAACAAGCUAAAGCAGACAGUGCUAGAGGUGGAACUUCCUCUCAUCAGAGCUGAGCUAGAGUCCAUAGAUGUGCAGUUGAGAAGAGCAGAGUCCGACCUGACAUGGCAGGAUCCGGACUGCUGGAGCUUCAUUAGCACCACCAAAGACCUGGUCCAUGACCUUGAAUGUCGAGUCAGUAGAGCCAAGGAAAACUGCGAAGCCCUCCAGUCAAUAAUGAAGGGAUGGAGCAAACAGGCCAUGUUUUGCAGAAAGGACAACAAGAAAGGCUCGCUCAUACAGCUGGAAGACAGGGGAGACCGUGUCAACAAGAAGUACAGCUCCAUGAAGAAGGAAGGAUACUCUAUCUACCAGCUGGUGCAGGAGAAUAUGGUCCUUUUCCACGCUGACCCUGUGUCAGAAGCAUGGCAGUCCUACCUGGAGUAUGUGGAUGAGAUGGUGGUGGAGGGGCUCUUCAGCUACAUCAGCCACUCUCUACAGUUCUUUGUGGACAACAUGGAAUCCUGGCCCAACCAGUCACCUCUGUUUGAGGCUCAGUUGAUGCUAAGUAGCUCAGGAAUGGUUUUCCUCCCAUCGUUGGAGCAAGAUUCAGGUGAAGGCCUCUAUGAGCUGAUAGAAGGGCUGGUCGGAGACGUAUUCAAGACUUCAGUGAAUAUCAACAGAGUGGCUGCUCAUCUUAGCAUGGAGAGCUACCAGGAUGUAAUGGAUGACAUGCUGGAUUUGUUAGACCUGAGACAAGAAAUAAUGGAGCGAGUGGAGAAGUGCCUCAAGAAAGCGAUAAGUUACCAGAGAAAGUUUGACUGCUACACCCAUCUCUGGCAAGAUGACAGGGCUGAGUUUCUCAGACAGUUUCUCCUGUAUGGACGUGUACUUACAGCUGAAGAGAUGGAGGCCUUUAGAGCAGAUGCACUCCCUGAAAGCCCACCUACAAUCGAAAAUUUCAAAGAACAGAUAGAUUAUUAUGAGGAUCUGUAUGCUGAAAUUUCCAAGCUUGAAGACUUCAGAGUAUUCGAUGGAUGGUUUCGGGUGGAUAUCAAGUUCUUUAAAGUGGGCCUUCUUAACACUGUAAAGAAGUGGAGCUGGCUUUUUAAAGAACACCUCUUGACCUAUGUCACUAACAGUCUUGAUGAGCUGCAGAAGUUUGUCCGAGCCACUGUUGAAGGGCUAGGCCAGCCUGUGGCUACGGGAAACCACCGUGGCCUGGUGGAAGUGAUGAGUCACCUGUUGGCUGUCAGAGACAGACAAGCAGCCACAGACAAGAUGUUUGAGCCUUUUAGAGACACAAUAAUCCUAUUGGAACAGUAUGGAGUAACCAUACCAGACCAGGUCUAUUCGCAGCUGGAGGAACUUCCUGAGAAAUGGAGUGGGGCGAAAAAAUUGGCCUUAAAAGUGAGGCAUGAGGUGGCGCCCAUGCAGAAUGCAGAAGUGAUGGUUAUACGGAGACGAUGCAUGACAUUUGAGGUGAAACAAAGCAAAUUCAGGGAGAUGUUCAGAGCAACAGCGCCCUUCACUUACAAUGCGGUGCAUCCCUACAUCAGUCUGGAGAAAUCUGAAAAAGCUGUCCGAGACAUGGAGAAAGAGGUAGCAGAGCUACAGGAGUCCACAAAUCUGUUUGACGUUACUAUUCCUGACUACAGAGACAUCAAGCUCUGCAGACGAGAGAUCGCAGUCCUAAAAGAACUGUGGGACAUUGUUGUUUUUGUUCAGAGCAGUGUCGAAAACUGGACAAUGACCAAAUGGAGGCGGAUAAACGUCGACCAGAUGGAUGCAGAAUUGAGGAGGUUUGCCAAGGACAUACGCAAGCUUGACAAAGAGGCUCGCGUGUGGGAUGUGUAUUCUGGGUUAGACCUUUAUGUAAAGAACCUGUUGACGUCACUGCGGGCCGUGAGUCAGCUACAGAACCUGGCAAUACGAGAGCACCACUGGGUGCAGCUAAUUAGGACAACAAAGAUGGACUUCACUGUGACUGACAGCACCACCUUGGAGGACCUAUUGGCUCUGCAGCUCCAUUCGUUGGAAGACGAAGUUCGCAACAUAGUCGAUAAGGCGGUCAAAGAAAUGGCCAUAGAGAAGGUUGUGACCGAAAUAAGUAAAACUUGGGCAUCCAUGGAGCUUUCAUAUGAAGAUCAUUGCCAAACCUCUGUGCCACUACUUAAAUGUGACCAGGAACUUAUUGAAACUCUUGAAGAUCACCAGGUUCAGCUCCAGGGCAUCUUUCAGAGCAAGCAUGUACAUCACUUCCUGUUCCAGGUAGUGGAACUACAGAAACAGCUGACUGUAGCUGACUCUGUGCUGAUGGUCUGGAUGGAGGUUCAAAGGACAUGGGCCUACCUGGAGAGCAUUUUCAAAAGCUGUGACGACAUCUGCCAACAGCUGCCUGCAGAUGCACACAGAUUUCAAGCUAUAGAUGCAGAGUUUCAGGAGUUAAUGUUUGACAGUGCUAAGACUAAAAAUGUCAUUGAGGCCACCGACAAACCUCAUCUUUUUGAGAAGUUAGAGGAUCUACAAAGAAGGCUGGCACUGUGUGAAAAGGCUCUUGCUGAAUACCUGGAAACAAAGAGACUUGCCUUUCCACGAUUCUACUUUAUUUCAUCUGCAGACUUGUUGGACAUCCUCUCUAAAGGGAGUCGCCCCAGAGAGGUAACUGUCCACCUCUCAAAAUUAUUUGACAACAUGUCAAAUCUCGAGUUUGCCCAAAAUGAACAUUUGGAUAAUCCUAAACUUGCAGUGGGAAUGUACAGCAAAGAGAGGGAAUAUGUCCCAUUCCAGACUGAAUGUUGCUGUUACGGGCCGGUGGAGGCAUGGCUUUCUUGUCUGGAGGAGUCUAUGAAGGAAUGUGUCAGGGGUCACCUGUCUGAGGCUGUGUCUGUGUACGAGGACAGGCCCAGAGAGCAGUGGAUUCUCGACUUCCCUGCCCAAGUAGCUCUCACUGGAUCUCAGAUCUGGUGGAGCAAUGAUAUGGAGCUUGUGUUUAAAAGACUUGAGGAAGGAUUUGAGUCUGCACUAAAAGAUUACAACAAGAAACAGAUUUCCCAACUCAACUUGUUGAUCGGCAUGCUGCUGGGAGAGCUGAGCUCAGGCGACAGACAGAAGAUUAUGACUUUAUGCACUAUUGAUGUCCACGCCAGAGACAUUGUUGCCAGACUCAUUGCCCAAAAGGUCGCCACCUCACAGGCCUUCCAGUGGCUUUCCCAGCUCCGGCAUUGCUGGUAUGAGCAGCAGCAUCACUGUUUCAUUAACAUCUGUGAUGCUCAGUUCCUUUACUCAUAUGAGUAUCUUGGAAAUACACCUCGUCUAGUCAUCACUCCCCUCACAGACCGGUGCUACAUCACCUUAACUCAGUCACUCCACCUGACCAUGAGUGGAGCCCCAGCUGGCCCUGCUGGAACAGGGAAGACUGAGACCACUAAGGAUCUUGGCAGAGCCAUGGGUGUCAUGGUAUACAUCUUCAACUGUUCUGAACAGAUGGAUUACAAGUCGAUUGGAAAUAUCUACAAGGGUCUGGCGCAGACUGGAGCAUGGGGCUGCUUUGAUGAGUUCAAUCGUAUCGCUGUGGAUGUUCUGUCAGUUGUGGCAGUGCAGGUCAAAACUAUACAGGGUGCCAUUCGCUCUAAAAAGAAAAGGUUCCUCUUUUUAGAUAAAGACAUUGUCUUAAAUCCCUCUGUGGGGAUUUUCAUCACUAUGAACCCCGGCUAUGCAGGCAGGACGGAGCUACCUGAGAACCUCAAGGCUCUUUUCAGACCCUGUGCCAUGGUGGUGCCUGACACUGAGCUUAUUUGUGAGAUAAUGCUGGUGGCAGAGGGCUUCCGUGGUGCUAAGCUUUUAGCCAGGAAGUUUAUCACUCUGUACACUCUCUGCAAAGAACUGCUCUCUAAGCAGGACCACUAUGAUUGGGGUUUGCGUGCUGUCAAGUCUGUUCUGGUUGUGGCAGGGGCACUGAGAAGAAGAGACAAGAGUAGACCAGAGGAUCAGGUGCUGAUGCGUGCGCUGAGGGACUUCAACAUGCCUAAAAUUGUGAGUGAGGAUGUGACUAUCUUCUUGGGACUGCUGGGAGACCUGUUCCCAGGCCUGGAGGUGGAGAGAGAGAGAGACUGUGAAUUUGAAAAGGCCAUCCGAAAGACCACACUGGAGCUCCGACUCCAGCCUGAAGAGACAUUCGUCCUCAAGGUGAUGCAGUUGGAGGAACUCAUGGCGGUGCGUCAUUCUGUCUUUGUUGUUGGAAAUGCAGGGACUGGGAAAAGCCAGAUAUUGAGAGUUCUCCACAAAACCUAUGUAAACUUGAAGAGGAAGCCGGUAUGGAAUGACCUCAAUCCAAAGGCGGUAGACAGAGAUGAAUUGUUUGGCUUUAUCCAUCACACAACUCGAGAGUGGAAAGAUGGUUUGCUUUCAUCAGUGAUGCGAGAGCAAGCAAACAUCUCCCACAUAGGACCUAAGUGGAUUGUGUUGGAUGGAGACAUUGAUCCGAUGUGGAUUGAAUCACUCAACACAGUGAUGGAUGACAAUAAGGUCCUGACUCUGGCCAGUAAUGAACGUGUGCCACUCACUUCAUCAAUGAGACUGGUGUUUGAGAUCAGUCACCUAAGGACAGCCACUCCUGCUACUGUGUCCAGAGCAGGUAUUCUCUAUGUUAACCAACAGGAUCUGGGCUGGAACCCGUACGUGGCCAGCUGGAUUGACCAACGAGAACGCCAGACAGAAAGGGCCCACCUUACCAUACUGUUUGAAAAAUAUGUUCCUCAUUGUGUCGAACAGAUGAGAAACACCUUCAAGACCAUAACUCCUAUCCCAGAAAACUCUAUGGUGCAGACACUCUGCACUUUGCUUGACUGCCUUCUAACACCAGAAAAUAUUCCAUCUGACUCUCCACGUGAGCUCUAUGAGACCUACUUCACCUUUGCCUGCAUCUGGGCUUUUGGUGGGGCCCUGUAUCAAGAGCAGCUCUAUGAUUACCGGGUGGAGUUCAGUCAGUGGUGGACCAAAGAAAUGAAGACAGUGAAGCUGCCAGCACAGGGGACAGUGUUCGACUACUACCUUGACCCUCAAACCAGACGGUUCCUGCCCUGGAGUGAUACUGUGCCUCCAUUUGAAAUGGAAACUUGUACACCAUUACAGGCUGUUCUGGUACACACAGCAGAGACUGUGCGUCUUCGGUACUUCAUGGACUUGUUGCUGGAGAGGAGACAGCCAGUGAUGCUUGUGGGGAAUGCAGGAGUGGGAAAGACUGCAAUUGUCAAGAACAAGUUUGACUGUCUGCCAGAGAGUUACAUGACUACAAAAGUACCCUUCAACUACUACACUACCUCCCUAAUGCUGCAGGUUAUUCUUGAGCGACAAUUAGAGAAAAGAGCCGGCAGAAGCUACUCCCCUGUAGGCAACAGAAGGAUGGUCUACUUUAUAGAUGAUAUCAACAUGCCAGCUGUCGAUAGUUAUGGAACAGUACAACCUCACACUCUUAUACGUCAGUAUCUGGAUUAUGGGCACUGGUAUGACAGACAGAAACUGAGCCUAAAAGAAAUACACAAUACCCAGUACGUUGCCUGUAUGAAUCCAACUGCUGGGAGCUUCACCAUCAACCCCAGACUACAAAGACAUUUCUCAGUGUUUGCGGUAAACUUUCCAUCGUCUGAGGCUCAGAUGUCAAUCUUCAGUCAGAUCCUGUGUGGCCAUCUGAAGCAGCAGCUCUUCAGUCCACUGGUUCAGAGGAGCGCUGUAGCUGUAGUCCAAGCUGCCAUAAGUCUUCAUCACAAGAUGGUUCAGAGAUUUCUGCCCACAGCCAUCAAAUUUCACUACACAUUUAAUCUACGAGACUUGUCUAACGUCUUUCAGGGCAUCCUCUUCGCUGGGCCUGAUAGUGUGGAAGAGAGCACUGGCCUGGCACUGUUGUGGCUCCAUGAGUCCUGCAGAGUGUACUCAGACAGACUGGUUGAUGUCAAGGACCUGCAGCUCUUCCGGAAGCUCCAGAUGGAGACUUUGCAUGAAUGCUUUGAGGGACUGGAGGACAAAAAAGUGACAAAGCAGCCCCUCCUCUAUUGCCAUUUUGCCCAAAUGGGCGAUGCAGCUUCCUAUGCUCCUGUUACAGACUGGGCUGUGCUCAGGUCCGUGCUCACAGAUGCCCUAGAGAGCUAUAAUGAGCUCAAUGCAGCCAUGAAUCUGGUGCUGUUUGAAGAUGCCAUGCAACAUGUCUGUCGCAUCAGUCGUAUCCUGAAGUCUCCAAGGGGUCAUGGCUUACUGGUUGGGGUCGGGGGCAGUGGGAAGCAGAGCCUGACUCGUCUGGCUGCCUACAUUUCCUCAGUGGAAGUCUUCCAAAUCACUCUGAGUAAGGGUUCUAGCAUCCAGGACCUCAAGACGGAUCUGGCAGGUUUGUUCCUAAAGACUGGAGUGAAGAACCAGCGUGUUGCUCUGCUCCUGACUGAUGCGCAGAUACCUGAUGAGCGGUUUCUGGUCAUCAUUAAUGACUUGCUGGCAUCAGGAGAAAUUCCUGAGCUCUUCAGUGAGGAGGAGAUUGAAGGUAUUGUGUCGGGUGUGCGAGCUGAGGUCCGAGCCCUCGGACUGCUGGACAGCAGGGAGAACUGCUGGAGAUUCUUCACUGAGCGAGUUCAACUACAGCUCACGGUGGUUCUCUGUUGGUCUCCUGUGGGCAGUGCCCUUCGUGUUAGGGCCCGUCGAUUCCCUGCUCUCGUCCAAUGCACCACCAUUGACUGGUUUCAUCCUUGGACCUCAGAAGCUCUGCAGUCGGUCAGCUACAGGUUCAUCCAAGAGAUUGAAGGCAUUGAGCCUGCUGUCCAGGAAUCCAUCAGUCUUUUCAUGGCCUACGUUCACACCAGUGUCAACCAGGCAAGUGAAAAAUACCAGCGCAAUGAGAAGAGGUACAAUUACACCACCCCCAAGAGCUUUCUCCAGCAAAUCACCCUGUACAGGAACCUUCUGGAGAAGAGCCGGGCUCAGCUACAGCACAAGAUGAACCGGCUUAACAGCGGCCUUGAAAAACUCCAAACCACUGCCGCUCAGGUUGAGGAUCUAAAAGCUAAAUUGGCAUCCCAAGAAGCUGAACUGACCUUUAAAAAUCAGAAUAUUGAGGCUCUAAUUACAAAGAUUGGACUGCAGACUGAGAGGGUUAGCAGCAAGAGAGAGGCUGCGGAUGUCGAGGCACAAAAGGUUGCUGUGAUUCAAGCAGAAGUCUUAGUCAAACAAAGGGACUGUGAAAAUGACCUAGCCAAGGCAGAGCCAUCACUGACAGCUGCCACAGCAGCACUGGAAACCCUCAACAAGGUGAAUCUUUCUGAACUGAAGGCCUUUCCAAAUCCUCCAGCGGCAGUGAUCAACGUAGCAGCAGCUGUGAUGGUUCUGCUAGCUCCCCGCGGUCGAGUGCCUAAGGAUCGGAGCUGGAAGGCGGCGCGGGCCUUCAUGGGCAAGGUGGAUGAUUUCCUGCAGGCUCUGGUGUCAUACGACAAGGAGCAUGUCCCUGAGGUCUGUUUGACUGUGGUAAAACAAGAGUAUCUGAGAAACCCCGAGUUCCACCCUGAUCUAGUUCGGACCAAAUCUACAGCUGCAGCUGGUCUCUGUGCCUGGACUACUAACAUUGUCAGAUAUUAUGAGAUUUAUUGUGAAGUCAUUCCAAAGAGACAUGCACUAUUACAAGCUAAUGCAGAACUAGACACCGCAACAGCCAAAAUGUUGGCAGUUAAAAAGAAAUUGGCAGAUCUUGAUGCCAGCCUCCAGAGCCUAACAGCUCAGGUUGAAAGGGCUACAACUGAGAAAAUCAGUUGUCAGGAGGAUGUAACACAAACCAACCAGACCAUAGAGCUGGCCAACCGACUGGUCAAGGGCUUAGAGUCAGAGAAGGAGCGCUGGUCCCAGGCAAUUAUUGAGUAUGAAAAGCAACAGAAAACCCUGUGUGGUGAUGUCCUCAUUACUUCAGCAUUUGUCUCCUACAUGGGUUACUUUACCAGACAGUAUCGUGUGGAGCUACUUAACAACGCAUGGAUCCCUUUCCUUCAGUCUCAAAAGGUCUCUGUACCCCUGACAGACGGCCUGGAUCCAAUCCUCAUGCUUACAGAUGAUGCCACUGUGGCUGCCUGGCAUAACCAGGGCCUGCCAAAUGAUAGGAUGUCCACCGAGAAUGCUUCCAUCCUGACCACCAGUGAGCGUUGGCCACUCAUCCUUGACCCACAGCAGCAGGGCAUCAAGUGGAUCAGAAACCGGCUGGGGUCAGAGCUGAGGGUGGUGCAGCUGGGACAGAAAGGGUAUCUAGAUGUGAUUGAACAAGCCCUUGCUUGUGGUGAAACAGUUCUGAUAGAGAAUCUGCCGGAAAAGGUAGACCCAGUCCUGGAGCCUCUGCUGGGUAGAAACACAAUUAAAAGAGGAAGUGUGAUGAAUAUUGAACAGCUGAGCCUGAGUUGUCAGGUAAAGAGCUUUCAUUGUGCUAUUAAGAGGUUGGAGGACGACCUGUUGAGUUGCCUCUCUGCAGCCCAUGGUAAUUUUCUGGGUGAUAUUUCUCUGGUGGAGCAACUUGAGAACACCAAGAGCACAGCUGCUCACAUUCAGUACAAGGUGGCGGAGGCCAGAGAGAACGAGACAAAGAUCAACGAGGCUCGAGAACUUUACCGCCCAGCAGCUGAGAGAGCGUCACUCGUCUUCUUCAUCAUCAAUGACCUCAGCAAGAUUAACCCCAUGUACCAGUUUUCUCUCAAGACCUUUAUCUCAGUGUUUAACAAAGCAAUGGAGCGUGCAGAAUGGGACGAGGAUGUGCGGACCAGAGUGCACACCCUCACUGAGGCCAUCACCUAUUCUGUAUUCCUGUACACCAGCCAGGGCCUUUUUGAGAGAGACAAGUUAACCUUCUUGUCACACACUGCCUUCCAGAUUCUGCUUAAACAGGGCCUGAUUGAUGCUCAGGAAUUUGACUUCCUACUGCGUUUCAAUGUGGAAGCUUGCAAAGUUAGUCCUGUGUCAUUCCUCUCUCCACAUGCCUGGGGAGCCAUUAAGACCAUUUCUACAAUCGAGGACUUCAAUGGACUGGACAAGGACAUGGAGAGCUCACCAAAGCGCUGGAGGAAGAUCGUUGAAUCCAGUUGUCCUGAAAAGGAAAGACUUCCCCAGGACUGGAAGAAUAAAAGUUCCCUUCAGAAGCUCAUUAUCCUUAAAGCACUUCGGCCUGAUAGGAUGACCUAUACACUGAGGAACUUUGUGGAGGAGAGCAUGGGAAUAAAAUAUGUGGAUACUGCCAGGCUGGAAUUUGACAAGUUGUAUGAGGAUAGUGGCCCCUCAACCCCUGUGUUCUUUAUCCUCUCACCUGGAGUGGAUCCACUCAAAGAUGUAGAAAAACUCGGAUUGAAGCUGGGGUUCUCCAUCGACCAGGGCACUUUGCACAACGUCUCCCUCGGACAGGGUCAGGAGGAGGUGGCUGAAAGGGUUCUGAGGAAUGCCUCUAAACUUGGACAUUGGGUCAUACUGCAGAAUGUGCACCUGGUAGCUCGCUGGCUGUCCUCUCUAGAUGCUCUUCUGGAGACAGCAGCUGUAGACAGUCACCCAAACUACAGGGUGUUCAUCACUGGGCAACCAGCACCAAGCCCUGAGCAGCAUGUUAUCCCCAGAGGCAUACUGGAGAAUGCAAUCAAAAUCACCAACGAGCCACCCACUGGCAUGAAUGCCAGUCUGCAUGCAGCCCUUAACAACUUCUGUCAAGACACUCUGGAUAUGUGCUCCAGAGAACAGGAGUUCAACUCCAUGUUCUUCUCCCUCUGCUUCUUUCACGCUUGUGUUACGGAGCGUCGUAAAUUUGGUCCCCGAGGGUGGAACCAUAACUACCCCUUUAGCACUGGAGACCUCACCAUCUCAGCCAGUGUCUUGUACAACUACUUAGAGGCCAACACAAAAUCCAUGCAGGUGCCCUGGGAGGACUUGUGUUAUCUUUUUGGGGAGAUCAUGUAUGGAGGACACAUUACUGAUGGCUGGGAUAGACGACUGUGUAAGACCUAUCUGCAAGAGUUCAUGCAUCCAAAAAUGUUUGAAGGGGAGCUCUUUCUGUGUCCCGGGUUCCUGGCCCCUCCGUUCAUGGACUACAGUCGUUAUCACAGUUAUAUUGACGAACAUCUCCCAUCUGAGAAGCCCACUCUGUAUGGUCUUCAUCCAAAUGCUGAGCUGGAGUGCCUCACUGUAACCUCAGCCAACCUCUUAAAGACUCUGCUGGAACUGCAGCCACAGGACUCAUCCAGAGGAGAGCGGGCAGCUCAGAGCACAGAGGAGAAGGUCAAGUCUGUCAUUGAAGAUAUCCUUGACAAGCUUCCUGAGGAGUAUAACAUGGCAGAGAUAAUCACAAAGACAACAAAGCGAAGCCCCUACAUUUUAGUCUGUUUCCAGGAGUGUGAACGCAUGAAUCUUCUGCUAGCAGAAAUAAGGAAGUCCCUUAAUGAGCUAGAUCUUGGCCUAAAGGGAGAACUCACCAUCUCCUCCAGUAUGGAGACUCUGCACUCAGCCCUGUUCAAUGACUCCGUUCCAGAUUCCUGGGCCAGACUGGCUUAUCCCUCCACUAAAACACUGGCACAAUGGUUAAAUGAUCUAAUGUGUAGCUGUCGAGAGCUGGACAGCUGGACUCAAGACUUAGUUCUUCCUGCAGUCGUUUGGCUCUCAGGGCUCUUUAACCCGCAGUCUUUCCUCACUGCUGUGCUGCAGAGCAUUGCUCGCAAGAAUCAGUGGCCCCUAGACAAAAUGACUCUGACUGUGGAUAUAACAAAGAAGACGAAAGACGACUUUGGACAUCCACCACGGGAGGGGGCCUAUAUUCACGGACUUUUCAUGGAAGGAGCGCGUUGGGACACCCAGGCAGGAGUCAUCUCCGAGGCGCUUUUGAGGGAUCUGACUCCAGCCAUGCCGGUGCUGUAUGUUAGAGCGGUGCCUGCAGAAGAGCAGGAGCUCAAGAAUACUUAUGAGUGUCCAGUGUACCGCACUAAGCAGCGUGGGCCCACAUAUGUAUGGACCCUUCACCUCCGAACCAAACAGCCUCCUGCCAGGUGGAUUGUAGCUGGAGUCGCACUGCUGCUGUCCGUGUGAGACUUUAGUGGAGCGGGAGUUAGGUACUUUACCAUGUCUACUGACAGUAUUCUGCAAACAGUGUUAAAAACAUAUUUUUUAGAGACCGUAUUGAAUUAUGUUUUACGUUAAUUUGUUUUUUAUUAGGUUUGUUUUUUUUAUAAUUACUAAUACAACAAACUCAAUUAUGCCGUUUUAGUCUAGCAUUAAUAUUGUUGUAUCCAAUUUGGUUCAUACGUGACAAUGCUGACAUUGUAGUGUAUGAAUGUGCGUGUGUUUUAGAUUUCGAGAUAAUGGAAAUAAAGAAGUGGAGAUGUUUAGCCAGUGCUGAACCUGUUGUGUCUGUGUCCGACACUGUUGAACGUCUCCCUUGAGAUGGUUCAGUCGGGACAUGAUUUGUUGGGAGCUUAUGUCUCUAUUUUAGACCAUGUAAUUCUGGAUAGGGAGCAUAUUUUAUUGGAAGGUCAAGAUUAAAAAAGCUCUUUGGCUGCCCUCUACUAACUGAAUGAUACACAAUGCCGUCUGGAGGGUUCCCGGACCGAAUUCCCAGGAGAUGAUGUGCAUGGUUGCUAUUGACUUUUAAAUGAGGUGCAUUUGACAUUGACCUUUUGUACGGCAGAGGCAGAAUACUAACAGACGAGUGUAAUUCAUUCAGCCGGGCCUGUUGGAGAAACCUAUUCAAAGACACUGAUAGCUUUCUAUGAGAAAGCAACACAUUAGAUUACCCAUCCUUUAUCUGUCUGCACUCUUUGUUUGCAUCUGAUUAACUUAAUACGAACCAAAUAAAACCUUUAACUUUGAA